AUGUUACGGCAGUUUUUCCGAGGGCCAGUUCCGAUGUCGUUGCUGAGACGGAGCCUUAGCUCAGCUGCACCUGCUACCAGCGCUCCUGUCAGCAAAGAGGCUCUGAUGAAGUUGAGGAAGCGAACUGGUUACAGUUACGUGAAUUGUCGAAAAGCCUUGGUGAAAUUUGGAGCUGACAAUCUUACGGAAGCGGAGAAAUGGCUUCGAGAACAAGCGCAAAGCGAAGGAUGGGCUAAAGCCGCCAAGCUCGGUAGCCGUGUAACGACCCAAGGGCUUGUGGGUGUCAAAUCAACUGGUGCGAUAGCUGCCAUCGUCGAGUUGAGUUGUGAAACCGACUUUGUGGCCAGAGGAGAGAACUUCAAGAAACUACUCGAGCACCUGGUAGAAUCUGUUCUAAACCAUGCCCAGAAGCACAUUCCAGAAACGUUGCCGAAUAAGAUUCAUUCUGUUGAUCUCGCCCCAAACCUCCAAUCGCUUGUUGAUGCGGAUGGAGUUUCUUUUUCCGAAUUACUCGCAAUGGCUGUUGGUAAGCUAGGUGAAAACAUCACUGUGCGGAAUGUUCGUGCUCUAUACGCACCGUCAAGCUCUUCCCUGCACUCAGCAGCCCAUCCAAAGGAGGGCAGUGCCUCCGUUAGCAUGGGCAAAUUCGUCUCCGUAGUAGCAAUUAAGAGAGCCCAAGCUGAAGGCCUUUUCCCAACAGAAAAGUUGGCAGCACAACUUUGCCAGCAUGUGAUCGGAAUGCGGUCAGAAACAUUAGGUGAACCGCCACAAGAACAGAAAGUUGAGGAGAAGAAAGUGCAGGCUGAACAGAGUCGUGAUGAGUUGAACGAUUUCGAGGAAACACAGGUCAUGCGGAAUCGAUUAUCGCACAACACACCUGUUUUCGAAAUUCCCAUCGAAGAUGUCGACGAAUAUGUAUUCCUCGGUAGCCAACUGAAUAUGAUGAACGUCUUGACCGGAGAAUCAGACGCCGCAAGGGCUGGAUGGGCUGCCUUCAACCCCACGACGUCUAUAGACGAGGACGAGACGGCGCUUUUGCGACAGGCUUUCAUGCUGAAUCCGUCUCAAACCGUGUAUGACUACGUGAAGGGCCACCAGGCGGAAAUUGUGGAUUUCGUUCGCAGUGAGCUGGGGGAAGCAGCGGAAUAA